GCUUGAUAGUUGCACUGCAUUAUAAAACCGCAUAGCAAAUGGUCUUGUAUUUCCAGCUAUGCACUCCAAAGUAAGCAUAACAUUUACGAUAAAGUGAGUUGCUAAAUUACCUUAGCAACGGUUCGUUAUUACACAAACCCUGUGUAGUUAGUGCGAGCUUGUGUAUCGUAGUAUACAAAGAAAGCGACAAUCUAGAGGAAGCUACCGCGGCUAGGAGAUGGAGUACGCCAGCUUUGUGAGGGACCUGCAGAAUGAAUCUUACAACAGUACCGCCUGUCCUCCAGACACGCAAUACGAAAAGGAAUUUGAAGAGCAAAUGCAAGCCCUGGUUAUUAACUUUGAUGUCGACGAUCCAAGCAUGGAACAGCACCAGUGCUCCAUUACAAGCACACCACUGCAAUCCGAAAGUAGUUUGCAUUGGAAAACCCUAACAAAAGCAAAGUGUACUACAAUAUUCGACGAAACAGAGCAAAUAGAAGUACCGAAAAAGAAAAAGGCUUUGGAAAUGGUACAAAAAAGUAGCGAAGAUCAUGAGUUCCAGCGCUCGUUUGACUCGGGCGAAGGUAUUUCGCUGCGUUUUGAUUCGUUUAGCUCCAGCGAUGAUAUUCCGGAUUUAGUGACAUGGAAUGAAUUAACAGCUGAUUCUUCAACAUCCAACAGUACCCACGCCGGGGAAGGCCACGUUCAACGUCACGCGCAUUCAUCUUUACCGUUUGAAGCCAUCCAAGGAGAAGACUCGUUGCUUGAACCGUCCGCUGAUAUUUCGCCGAACGAUAGAACGAAGUUUGCAACCAAAUUAUGUACUCCAGCGAAGCGAACGUACGAUGAAGCUAAUAGUUAGACUACUGGUGGCUUGAGUCACGUUAAAGAUUUUUUCUUGAACUAACGCUUUUUUAAACUUAUCUUUGCCAGCAUCAACAGACUGUAAAUAUAUCGUAUUUAAAAUGAAUUGCAGUGAAAAGCAGGGACUAGUGCGUAGAAGUAAAACUAUGGUAAAAAUGCGUAAAUUAUUCACUUCUGUGCAACAUUCAUGAAAUGAGACAUUAGGCUGUAGAUUAGGUUAGCUUUUAACUUCAUCAUCGCCAUUCCUAAAUAGGAUCAAAUAGAAUUUUCAAUAAAACCAAAU